AUCUCUUUUAUCUAAAUAAGUUUAACCUUUACACAGUUUGGUAAAUAUUGGUGUUUAUUGCAUCAUACGUCCUGAAAUGAAUGGAAAGUCUGUUAUUCAGAGGGAGAGGUCAGGCGAUCCAGCUUCCUAUAAAAUGCCUGGUGGAUUCCUGUUGAAACACAACCUCAGGCUGCACAACUCAAAGGAGCUGCUGACCAAAUCACCUCUGGAAAACCUCACUGGACCAAAUCCCAGCUCUGCUCUCUCUGCAGCUAUGGCUCCAAAGAGGUCAGCUUCAAUGCUGUUGGCUUCAAUGAUUCUUCUUCACUGGGCGACUUUCUCUGUGCGGUCAGAUCCUUCAACCUCAGCCAUUGGCAUACCUUAUGAGAGUAGAGAGAAAACAGAGAAGACCCUAAAUGUUGCAAAGGAGUCUCUGACUCUCUUUAAAGAUGCCAUGGGAAGUAUGGACUCCAAGAAGCUGUCAGAUGUAAUGAAAGGCAUCUCCAGCUUUGCUAGUUUCGCACCAGGAGUUGGAGCUGUGGUCUUCUCUGUCGUCAAUAUGGUCCUGGCCUUUAUCCCUCAGGAUGAUCCGGUGCUGAGUGAGGUAAAGAAAGGUUUUGUUGAGGUAAACCAGAAACUGGACUCUCUGUCCAUUAAGAUCUCCAACCUGGCAACAGAUGUAGAAUGGUUCAAUUACGCCAGCGUCUAUUCCAGAGACGAACUUACUAUCCUCAACACCUUUGAGAAGUUUGGUGAGUUUCUGCAUAGAACUGAAUCACAAAGUCCUGAAGAAACAUCUAAGAAAACUAAAAUGUUCACCAGCUACUAUGAAAGUUCAGGAGCUGAGUCCAGUGUGUCCAAUCUUUACCGUUACCUGACAGUGGACAGCACGUCUCUGAGCGAAAACCUCAACAGUCUGCUGAAGAAGAAGUUUAAAUGUGACGUUUAUAUGAUCAGCAGAUAUAACCUGUACUUGAGCAGCUUGUUUUGGAAAGGGAUGAUACUCAACCAGUUCUACUGGAAACUGACUGGUGUCAAAAGCAAAGCAGCUGAACCUGGGCAGAUGUUCAAGAAGGUCUCUGAAGCCCAGUUAUCAGCUGUGGAGUUCUGCCUCACCAACUAUAAGCAAUACUUAAAGAAAGAUGUGGUGGAGAUCACCAAAGAUCAAGAUUCUGACCAAAACGCCCUCGCUCUUCAGGUGAAAGAAGCUUUGGACAACAAGUACAGCUGGUACAACUGGGUGGUGGUGGUGUUUGACAAAAGUCAGUACAAAAAUAUCAUGCUUAAUGCUGAGUUUACCUUCAACAUUGGGAAUCUUGUAGUUGCUGUAGACUACACUGUAAAGGCAGACAUGACACAUGUUGAAGAGGUGAAGAAUACAGCCAGAGAGUGUUUAGAAAAUAUGAAGUGUGAACCUGAGACAAUUUCAAAAUUCUUUAUGACUGCACAGAGAUGCAGUCAUAAAUGGUUUCCAAAGGAUCAUAAUGAGGAAAUUACUAUUCCUCUGACAAAAUAUACCAAAGUUACACAAGUUGCCUAUGGAAACCAAUUUAUAGAGGUGCCAACACCUUUUCAUCGAGUGAAAUGUUCCUGGAGUGGCUAUGACAGUUGGAUUUCUGUUCAUUACUCCAGACUCUCACCUGUCUGUGUUACCAAUCAAUGUAAGAAUAAUGGGAUAUGCAAGAGGCUGCUACGGUCCAAUGAGUGGUUUUGCGAGUGUCCUGACAGUUACUAUGGAGACACAUGUGAAAAGCAAAUGAUCAUAACAGAGCCUGACCCCACACUGACACCAGUCCCAAACAGCCCUGUAGAGUCCAAACAGCAGGUCAUCAUUAUCGUAACUAUUAUUUCUGUUUUGAUUCUUUUGUUUGUUUUGGUGCUGACGGCGGUUCUGAAAUGUCGUAACCGUUCUUUGUGUCGUCAGCUCAGUGGUCCCUGCUUGGAGUUAAAAAGAGGCGGCGAACACCAGGGUUCAAAGGAUUGUAGAAAUCCAUGAAAUAAGCCUCAGCCAAUGUAUUACAGUUAGAGACAAUCACUGGGAACAUAUGAAUAGUUAUCCAUUAGCGUCAAGGCCUAACUGAUUCUACAGAAACUCUACUUCCUUUAUCUCACACUCCUGCUGUGUUUGGUUUUAUUCUGGUACAUUUACACCAGCUGUUUAGUCCACUUUAAUCCAACUCUAGUAAUUUUUGCCUAGAAAGUCUGGUUGGUUUGGGGAGAUGUGAAUACACAGUCGAACUCUGAUGUGGAUCAAAAAACGAAUGCUGGUCCGCCAACAAACUUUGUUCUCGUUUCGGUUGAAGUGAACUCUGGUGAGGUUUAAAUGCAUAAGUGAACGGCAAGCAGACCAGAGACCGCUCCAAAAGCAGGAAGUGGACUACAGCACAGGGCAUUCUGGGUAACUACAAACAAAACAAACGUGGAGUCUAGUGUUAGCGGGAGAAAUGAUUCAUGGUGUUUUGCCAAAGACAAAGAGAAAUCCGACAGCCGUUCAAAUCUGACGCUGCUCCAUUUUUCUUUCCAUUCUGUGAAGGAAGUUGCUCUCAGUUUCUUCUUCAGAGGUUUUCAUAUCGUUUCCUUCAGUGGUUCUUGGUGCAGCGCCCCCCACAGCUUUUAGUAAACAAAAACACAGAUUUCACUUUCAUUGUAUAAUUUGUUUUUGCCAUGACAAAAUUUCUUGUGAAUGUAUCUUGCAAUGGUUUUUCUCAUAAUGUAAAAUCACCUGAAUAUAAGUUUGCAUGUAUUCAGUAGUUGUAUUUUUAUUUAAAUAUGCAUGAAUGUAUUGGGGCUCUGCGGAGAAAAGAUUUAAUUUCUUUAAUGUAAACAAUAUAUGGAUUUAUUUUAAAUAA